GAGACACUGGAAAUAAAAGCAGUAGAGCCAUGGCCAGAGUCCCAGGGGAGGGACGCAGGCUACACGACGAGGAGGAGGAGAGGAGACUUGUUGGACGAUAAAAUGCCCUUCAAUUAAAUCCGAGGGAGGGAAGCUGACGCGCAUCCCCGGCAGGAGACACGGGCACGCGCACGGAGAGACGGGCACGCGCGCGGAGCGGAGCUGCAGACUCUAAUCAACCAGCGCAACCAGAGGACGCUUCGGUUCCUCAUCGGCGGAAUAAACGAGCAAAAUACAAAGCAGUGUGGUUGAUGAUGGUCACCAUGGCGACCCCGCUGCUCCUGGCCCUCCUGGUGGGGGCACUGCCCUCCCGUGCAUUCGGCGAGGGGGCGUGUCUUCAGGACAGGAAACACAAGACCACGCCCAGCGCUGAACCCCAGCUGACGGAGUGCUCGCUGUACACCGACAACGCGUGCUGCACAGUGGAGGACGUCCAGGACAUCGCUCACGUCCCGGCCCUCAGCAACAAGAACGCCCCCUGGGACCACUGCGGACAUCUGAGCUCCACGUGUGAGGUGUUCCUGAAGCGGGUCUCCUGUUUCUACCGCUGCUCGCCGGACGCCGCCCGCUGGCCACACCCCCGCCGGCGCUCCUACAUCCAGGCCGUCCCGCUCUGCCACAGCUUCUGCCGCGACUGGUUCGAUGCCUGCAGGAUGGACCUGACCUGCGCCCGCAACUGGGCCCGGGACCCCCGCGGCCACAACUGCACGGGGACCUGCGUCCAGUACCAGCAGAUGUAUCAGCACGGCCGGGACCUGUGCGAGAGCUUGUGGGGCGACGCCUUCAUGACGGUGGAGGACCAGGUGGAGGAGGAGGAGGGGGGGCACCACGAUGGCGUCCAUGGCAACGACGGUCCCCCCGGCGACGGUCACCCCGGCGACAGCUCCCGUCCGUGCGGCUGUCUGACCCUCAGCUCAUCGGACCGCGACGUGAUGGCGGCACUGCGGGCGCAGAGCGUGGACCCCGAGGAGCUCGACACCACCAAGUCCGGCCUGCCCCAGUACCGCGCCCCCUGCCAGGCCCCGCCCCCCCCCAGUCCUGUCACGCCCCCCGCCGCCAGGAAGGCGGGGAAGGGAGGGCGGGCGAAGGCGGCGCUACGGAAACGCUCGGUGGCGGUGGAGGAUGCGGAGGGGAGCGGGAGCGGCAUGUAGGCGCUAUAGAUCUACACUCUCUAUCUUUCUCUAGAUCUAUAGAUCUAGAGACAGAUAGAGGGUAGAAAUCUAGAUUUAUAGAUCUAGAUCUCUACCCUCUAGCUGUCUCUAGAUCGAUAGAUCUAGAUCUCUACCCUCUAGCUGUCUC